UUUCAUUCUGUCAUACGUUAGAGUCUGAACAGAAAGGGCAUUCAUUGUAUUCCUUCUUUUGGGCGCAUUCAGCAACACUCAUUGUAGUUCGGCGGAGCACAUUUAGUCAGUUUACUGAAUAUAUUGGACGAAAACAAUCAGUUUAGAAUCAAACCGCCAUAAAAAGUAGAGCAUUUCCUAAUAGUAGGCCAAAUUAGGGCGCUCUCUAUUUCGUUCUUUAGUGUUACCGUAGCCCUAUACAUUAGAGCAUCAUGGGAAAUGAGGCUAGCCUUUCAGCUGCUGUGUUAAUGGGUCAAACUAACUCAAACAAUCAACCAUCAGUCUGAAUGCUAAACAGGCUGGAAAAAAUCACUGCCAGGCAUUUGACGUGAGAACAACGUGAAGUUAGGGAGGCUCUCUCUGCUGCAUUUUGGUACCAAGUUGAUUGAUUAUUAUUAAAAAAAUACAUAUCUGAUAAGCUCAUAAAGAUAUGAAGCAAAACCAGAGAAACGCUACUGAUUCGGGUCAGGAUGCUGAGACGAAUCUAGAGGAGCGCAGGAGACUUCAGGAAAACAUCCGACAGUGGAAUUCAAACCGACUCAGCCUGUUUGAGAUCACUGAACCUGAUGAGGAUUCUGUGUUUCAUGGCGUUAUUCGUUUUCACCUCCAAGACCAUGUUUCAGGGAACUGUGCCACCAAAUGCAUUAGUAUCUCAAGUGCUUCUACCACACAAGAGGUCAUUGAAACCCUUCUGGAGAAGUUUCAACACGAUGGGACCUCACAGCCUUUCUCUUAUUCAUUGUACGAGGUCUUAAAAAACCAAGAAGAAAGAAAACUGGACCUUUCAGAAAAACCGUUGUUGGUUCAACUCAACUGGAAUAAAGACAGAGAUGGCAGAUUUGUCUUGAAGAGGGACAGUUUACAGGAUGGCUGUGUGGACAAUAAGGAAAAAGUUGGAGUAAUUGAGAAUUUCAAGAGGACAUUAUCAAAGAAAGAAAAAAAUAAACAGAAGAAAAAUGUUUCUAGCGGUCACACGUUAGAGAACGGUGUCUCUGGCAGUGAAGGAAACAGCGUGACACACGACUACUCGAAAGUUAACUGGAAUCUGCCCCUCAGCAUUUUUUUAAAGGAAAAAGAUGAGGAUUCUUUCCUGCUUGCAGUGAUCAGCGACAUUAACAGCUCCACGAUUCACUUUAAACUCUCGCCUGCGUUUGUGUUUUAUCUGGUUGGACGAUUUUUAACGAGCCACAAACCUAAGCGGACCGAACAGAAAGUCCGUGUGACAUUCGACAAGAUUGCGCGCUUGAUUCAAAGUGUCAUUCAGAAACAGAGGAACAUCGCCGUGGCUCUUGCCUUCUGGAUGGCCAACGCAUCUGAGCUCCUGAGCUUCAUCAGACGGGACAGAGAUCUGUGCCUCAUCACGCUCCAGGCUCAAAAUGCUCUCACUCAACUUGUGCAGAAGACUUUCAGGUACCUGUCACAUCGGCUUCAGGUUGAUCUUGAAAGUCAAUUACCUGCAUUCUUCGCUGACGUAAAAAAGGAAGUGGCUCAGGCGAAAGAAAUUGAAGGCGUCUUGAACAGCCUCAUAAAGAGCAUGAGUUUGCUCCGAAGGUGUCGGGUCAACCCCGCUCUGAGCAUCCAGCUCUUUUCUCAGCUCUUUCACUUCAUGGGGGCCUGGAUCUUGAACCGGCUCACCGCGCCGGGAUCCGCGCUGUGCUCGAACUACUGGGGUCAAACUCUACGGCAGCGUCUGGCGCUCGUGGAGGCCUGGGCAGAAAGACAAGGCCUGGAGCUGGCCGUGGACUGCCAUCUCAGUCGUAUCAUACAGGCCACUAUGCUACUAACCAUGACCUCUUACUCUACACGAGACGCCCAGAUGAUUCAGUCCACAUGCUACAAGCUGAACUCUCUACAGCUGAGAGCACUGAUGAGCAAACAACCCCACUUUCCAGCCGCACUGAUAGAGCGUGUAGUGGCCUUGGCAGAAAAUACAACAGACGUUCUGAGGGGAGAGGGUGAAGAAACCCGACUGGAAGAAGAACUGGACCUUCACCUGCCUUUCCUGUUGCCCGAGGACGGAUAUUCAAGUGAUUCCAUGCGUGGCAUUCCCAAGGGAUUUCAGGAGUUCUUAGACCCCAUCUGUCACAAAGGUCUGUGUAAAUUAAUUCCCAAUGCCAACUGCGCCGGGACUUGGACCGUUUUCUUUAACCCAUCGGAUCACUCCGCAAAGGGUUCGAGUUGGAAACCUGAACCAAUGAAAAUAACUCUAAGGAAAACUUUGCACGGUGGAUUAGGACUGAGCAUUGUAGCUGCCAAGGGGGCUGGACAGGACAAACUUGGCAUUUUUAUCAAAUCUGUCGUAAAGGGAGGAGCCGCAAAUGUAGACAGCAGAUUGAAUCCGGGAGAUCAGUUACUGAGUGUGGAUGGCGAAAGUCUUGUGGGAGUGUCACAGGAAAGGGCCGCAGAGAUGAUGAUGCACACUGGCUUGGUUGUAUCGCUGGAAAUCGUCAAGUCUGCAGCAGUAUUUUAUGGUUUUGAGGGAGUAUUUACCCAGUCUCCACAAACCGCAUGUAAAGAUCUUGGUAACGAUGGACCAUCCGAGCAGAAGUCCGGCGUCUCCGAUAUCCGUGACUGUGCCGGACCGUCUGUUUCCGGUCCAUCAAAACCAUCACAAACCUUCAGAAACCAGCACACAAUCAGCGGAGUGAACGCAAAACACAACCAGAAACGGUUCAAGCAGAAACCGGAUUACCGUUCCAAUCCCAACCUGGCACAUAACCAGGAAAUGGCUGCUGAUUCGGUUCCUCCUGAGCAUAUGACAUUAUCCUUCUCCACUGAAGAUCUCAUGGAUUCUGGAAAACAAAGAAACACUCUUUCAAACGGAGAGAGAGAAUAUCUGACCCUGCCAACCUCUAAACCGCACAGCAAUAAAACGCCAAGGACUAUUGAACAUCCUCCACAUAUUGCUCCAUUCUCCAGGGAUCAGCAAAAGAUCAACCUUAUGAAACAGGCGCUUUCUCAAGACAAUCUCUGGAGUGAAGAAAAAGGAGGUCCUCUAGUGGACAGGUCGAGAAAUUUAAAGAAGCAGCCAGAUCUGAGCAAAUGGAACAGCAUUGCAACCAUAAACCCAGUGGAUUCCAGUUUUCCAGCCUGGGACACAGAAACGGACUCUGGAAGAUCCCGACAACCGCCCAGUCCGUGCCUCUAUCGCAGCCGAAACGAAUGGACGUCCCGUAUACACCACAAGCCAACAGUCUCUCGUUCAGUACAUUUCGACAGACCCAAAUUACAAAUUUACACCAUCGGUAUCAAAACAAGACACAGAGCGAUGCAUCACCGCCUCACAGACCGCAGCAGGUUCUCAAGAAAAAAGCGGUCGUCUUCCAGUCGCCUGCGCAGACAUUGCAGAAUAGCUCGGCCUCGUGUCGAAGCGCGCGCCCUCAGCAGAAAGAGCCCGAUAGAAUCACAAAGCUCUCUGUUGGAGACUCCUGGAAGCGGGAUGCUCAAAAGACUGCUGACCUGCUGCAACAGGAAGCACGACAGCUGCAGGCCAAAGUGCAGCGCAGCAUAGAGGAGAGCGAACGUCUGCGCAGACUCUCUCUAGAGCUGCAGUUCCAGAAGAGAGCGGAGGACUUCCAGCAGAACAGUGAGGAAGAUGAGGAUGACCAUUAUGGGGCAGAACGGAAGUGCUUUCGGACAGGAAGUGAU